GACGCCCACCUCCAGCACACUCCCCUCCCCUAAAAGGCAUUCACCCACUCAUCAGCUGUAGCCUCUUUGGUCCCCCGCCCUCCCGUCCGGCUCACCCUCCCCAAGAAGCAGACCCGCGCGCUAGGAGGCAGGGACCCCCGGCAAAGCAGCGGCUCGGGAGCUCCGCACUGACCUCCGCCUGCCCUGCGUGCAGAUUAACAAAGGCGGCAGCGAGCCCCAGCCCGACCCGACUGCAGCGAGCCAAAAGCUGGCCACGGGGCCCAGAGGCUGCUCAGGCGGCGAGCGCGCAGCGCGGGGUGAUCAGAAGUCACGGGCACCGGUGUCUGAGCUCACAGAUCUCUCUCAAGCCGCGCUGCUGGGACGCCGGCCACACCAUGGGCUGCUGCACCGGGCGCUGCUCGCUCAUCUGUCUCUGCGCGCUGCAGCUGAUUUCAGCCCUGGAGAGGCAGAUCUUCGACUUCCUCGGCUUCCAGUGGGCACCCAUUCUUGGAAAUUUCCUGCAUAUAAUAGUUGUCAUAUUGGGUUUAUUUGGAACCAUUCAGUAUAGACCACGUUACAUCAUGGUGUAUACAGUGUGGACCGCCCUCUGGGUCACCUGGAAUGUGUUCAUCAUCUGCUUUUAUUUGGAAGUAGGUGGCCUCUCUAAGGACACAGAUCUGAUGACCUUCAACAUCUCUGUACACCGGUCGUGGUGGAGAGAACAUGGACCUGGCUGUGUCCGGAGAGUGCUGCCCCCAUCGGCCCAUGGCAUGAUGGAUGACUACACCUAUGUCUCAGUCACAGGCUGUGUCGUCGAUUUCCAGUACCUAGAGGUCAUCCACAGUGCUGUACAGAUACUGCUAUCUCUGGUUGGUUUUGUGUAUGCCUGUUAUGUGAUCAGCCUUUCCAUGGAAGAGGAAGAUACCUGUCGAAAUAAGUAAUGACAUUGAUUCUGAAAAGCGGCUCCUGGACUUGAGUUAGGGAACAAAGAACCACUGGCCUCUGGCACUGGGGAUCCUAGAGCGUCACCUUCCUCCCAGACAGCAGGACUGCAACCCCUGCGGGCCAGCGACUGCAGAGCUGCUAGGUCUUUGGUCUUAGCCUGUGUAACUUUAGCGUUGUUUGCUAGAUGCGUUCUGGGUGCUUGGGUGGGUAUUUUUUUAGUCAUCUCCUCCUCAUAUGAGCACUUGUAAACUGUAAACAGAAAAAAAGAAGAAAAAGAAAAAAGGAAGAAAGAAAAAAAUGGUUUUUAAUUUUUUUUACAAUAUUUAACUUGAGGCAUGCAAAAUGAAAACAAAAAUCUGUGAAAAUAUUCUCAAAGUUAUUUCUAAGGAGACUGUUGCUGAGGUGGGUGUGACGUCCGUGCUGCUGAACCCUGCUAAGCGAACGGGUUUGUGUGAACAGACAUUGGCUGUGGGCACCAGACCUAAGGGUGGACCUGCCUUAGCUUGCAAAGAACUGGAUCCAACUUUCACAGUAAACACAGAUCACUGUUUAAACAGCACCAGACACAGACAAAACAUCGAGUCCCUUGUUCUCAACUUCUGAAGACUCCACAAUAUUACGGCAACCUAAAUUUCCAGAUUCAAACAUAUCUUGUUCUUGCAAUAUUCUGAGACACAAAUUUAUGUAUGUGUUCUAAUAUUGUGUGUACAAAAGGAGAGAAUCAAUUAGUGGGGGUCAUUCUCCUGUGGAGGGAGCUUAGCUGGCCCUCUUCUUCAUAGUUUCUGCUCUUUGUUUCACUCCCAACACUGAUGUCAGACCUAAGCAUACAGCUCAGAGGCUGCGGGCUAGAAACCACAACCACAGAUCUGUAGUCUGGAACUUUUAGGAUAUUCAGAGAGAACAUUCAAAUCCUAUGGUAUUCUCUGUAGAGACCUGUAAAGAAAAUAUGUAUGUUUGAGUUACAUCAAUUUUUCAUUUUCCCAUCCAUCCCAGUCACCAAGAAAAUUACAUUGGAAACCUAAUUUUCUAAGAAGAAAAUGGUUCAUCUUGAAAAAAAAUAAAACAAUUGUGGGACUUUUUUUAAAUUGAGACGAAAUGCACGCGUGGUGAAAUGCGUAGAUUUUAAGGGUACAAUGUGAGAAAUUUUGAGAAAUGUACAAACUGAAUAAUCAGUGCUUCAACCAAAAUAUAGAACAUGUCUGAGACUUGAGAAAACACUUCCUUGGGCCCCUUUCCAUUGUCUACACUCAGUACAUAUCCCUUUAUGAACUGCACUGUGUCUGAGUUUGUCUGCUGAUUUCAAUGCUAAUCUCAUCUGGUUUUCACCAAAUAUCUGGACAAAGUGACAUGGCCAAAGGAUACAUAAAACCCGAGUCAGUUCUCAUGACUGAGGUUUAACUGCAUCACUGAUCAACUUUCUGCUCGUGAUGUAAGGCAGGCCCUUGUCUUGUGUCAAUGUUUUUCUGUCUCUCCCUUAGUUCCCAUGUGAAAACCCA